GGCGUAGAUCCAAAGCAGGAGUCAAAACAGCAUCUUCCUGUUUUCUACUAGCUCCCGUUUUCUUACAGAGGAGGAAGAAGCAGGCACCUCCAGGUAGUGAUGGCUCUCCAGAAGACCCUUUCACUGCUUCUGCUCUUGCUGCUGACCCUGCUGGGGCUGAGGCUGGUGAAGCUCUUCUAUGGGGAGACCCCAUAUGAAAAAUUCCAGCGGCAACAUGUGGACUCUGAAGAGUCAGGUGACACCGACUUGUACUGCAACACGAUGAUGGAAAAACGGGGGAUGACUUCAGGUCAUUGCAAGGAUUUCAACACCUUCAUCCAUGAAAACAUCAGGACCAUUAACAACAUCUGCAAGAACCCCCAUAUCCGGUGCAAGAGGGGCACGAUGAACUGCCAUGAGGGUGUAGUAAAAGUCACAGACUGCAAACAUACAGAACGUUACCAGCCCCCCACAUGCAAUUAUCAGGCCUGGGCCAGCACUAGGCGUGUGGUCAUUGCCUGUGAGGAUAACCCCCUGGUGCCUGUGCACUUGGACAGUUAAAUGCUACCCUGCAGG